ACCAAUUCUUAAACAAACAAAAAAAACCCUACACUUUUCCUCUAUUCUCUCUCUCUCUCUCUCUCUAGUUCUAGAACUAUCACACAAACAAAAACAACUAAACAAAACCAAAACCAUUCAUUCAUUCCUCGGAUUUUUUACACUCUCUCUCAAAACAUGGACACCAAAAUAGGAGCGCUCGACGCUUGCCCACACUCCAGCACAGACCUCUGUGCCGUACCGUCAAACGGCGCCGUCUCCACCAUCCAAAGCUCAACCCCUUCCACCAUUGUCACCCCCUCGGACGCCACACUGGGUCGCCACCUCGCUCGCCGGCUCGUCCAAAUCGGUGUCACGGACGUAUUCUCUGUCCCCGGUGACUUUAACCUCACUCUUCUCGACCACCUCAUCGCCGAGCCUGGUCUCACCAACGUUGGCUGCUGUAACGAGCUCAACGCUGGCUACGCCGCUGAUGGCUACGCGCGGUCCCGCGGCGUCGGCGCGUGCGUUGUUACUUUCACCGUCGGUGGGCUCAGUGUGCUCAACGCGAUCGCCGGCGCUUGCAGUGAAAACCUCCCUCUAAUUUGCAUUGUUGGUGGGCCCAACUCCAAUGACUAUGGAACCAACAGGAUUUUGCACCAUACAAUCGGAUUGCCUGACUUUAGUCAAGAGCUUCGGUGUUUUCAGACUGUCACUUGCUAUCAGGCUGUGGUGAAUAAUUUGGAAGAUGUACAUGAGUUGAUUGAUACAGCGAUUUCGACUUCAUUGAAGGAAAGCAAGCCUGUUUAUAUUAGUAUAAGCUGUAACUUGGCUGGGGUUCCUCAUCCAACGUUUAGUCGUGAACCUGUUCCAUUUUCGUUGAGUCCCAGAUUGAGUAAUCAGAUGGGAUUAGAGGCUGCAGUGGAGGCAGCAGCGGGGUUUUUGGAUAAGGCUGUGAAACCAGUAUUGGUGGGGGGUCCUAAAUUGAGAGUUGCAAAUGCAACUGAUGCAUUUGUUGAACUAGCUGAUGCUUGUGGUUAUCCCCUUGCUGUGAUGCCAUCAGCGAAAGGGCUUGUGCCUGAGCACCACCCACACUUCAUUGGGACUUAUUGGGGUGCUAUCAGCACUCCAUUUUGUGCGGAGAUUGUGGAGUCUGCCGAUGCUUAUUUGUUUGCUGGACCUAUAUUCAAUGACUAUAGCUCUGUUGGGUACUCAUUGCUUCUCAAGAAAGAGAAGGCAAUCAUUGUGCAACCUGACCGUGUUGUGAUCGGGAAUGGGCCUGCAUUUGGGUGUAUUUUGAUGAAGGAUUUCCUCAGAGCACUUGGCAAGCGGCUCAAGCGUAAUACAACUGCUUAUGAGAACUAUCAUAGGAUCUUUGUUCCUGAUGGACUUCCUUUGAAGUCUGCACCAAAAGAACCUUUGAGGGUUAAUGUUCUGUUCCAGCAUAUACAGAACAUGCUGUCUAGUGAGACUGCUGUGAUUGCUGAGACAGGGGACUCAUGGUUUAACUGCCAGAAGCUGAAAUUGCCACAGGGCUGCGGAUACGAGUUCCAAAUGCAAUAUGGAUCAAUUGGUUGGUCAGUUGGUGCGACUCUUGGCUAUGCACAGGCUGUGCCUGAGAAGCGAGUGAUUGCUUGCAUUGGUGAUGGGAGCUUCCAGGUCACUGCACAAGAUGUGUCAACAAUGAUUAGAUAUGGGCAAAGGACCAUCAUCUUCCUGAUAAACAACGGUGGAUACACCAUUGAAGUUGAAAUCCAUGACGGGCCUUACAAUGUGAUUAAGAACUGGAACUACACUGGGUUGGUUGAUGCAAUCCACAAUGGCGAGGGCAAGUGCUGGACAACCAAGGUCCGUUGCGAGGAGGAGCUGAUUGAAGCAAUUAAUACAGCAACAGGGGAUAAGAAGGACAGCCUGUGCUUCAUUGAGGUGAUUGUUCACAAGGAUGACACCAGCAAAGAGCUGCUUGAAUGGGGCUCAAGGGUCUCUGCUGCCAAUAGCCGCCCACCCAACCCUCAGUAAAUCUUAGCCACAUUAAUGAGAUUGAAAAGCACAAAAUAAAUUGAGCAGUUUUAUGUUAACAUAGUAAUAUUGAGUUUGCUUCUUAAGUGGUUUGCGUAAUGAACAAGGAGAGUUUUGCAGAAUUAUGUGUAUAUUCUCUUUGGAUUUGCUUUACUAUUGAAAGAUCAAAUUAAUGAGUUUUGGGAUUACAUAUUUCAAA